AUGCCUGAGAUUGAUCUAGGUCCGAUUCGUCAGCAACGCACACAAGAUCUAGCCAUGGCAGACGAACAGAUAAGAUGCGGCAUGUGCUGCCCUUGCUCCAGAUCGACGGAGCGUUGGGAUGGCGACAAAUUAUCCCGACGGUCCAACCCAUCCGGCAGCUGGCCCUGGCUCGCGUUUCGCGGCCUCGCCGUCGUCCCGUCUUCCGACGAGUCUGCGGACGAUUCGGGCACGGCAAUUGGUGCAGGGCGAGCCAUUCUCAACCACGUCGCAGCGGACCUUUCUUGCACGACAACAACAGCAGGCCCGGGAGGCGCGUCGCUUGAUGGGACGAUUGGCGCCGGGCAACCCAGCGGUGGACGCCUUCCGCUUAUUCUGGGGUUCAGUCUCCGUAGGGCCGGUGGAUGCCAUGGUGAAGGUGUCCCGGAGACGGUCUCAUGCGAUCAGGAGCGACAGAGAGGACAUGCACAGGCACGGCGGGACGAAGGGCGCCUACGGGGACGUCCGUGGGAGGAAGCUGGCGAUAAGAUUCUCUCGUCUCGCAGACGAAAACGACCCGGGGGCGGGGCGCGGCCUUUAAGUACGCCAAUAUUCUCGAAAAACGAUCCCCAUGCCCCAAGAAUCUUCACACAGCCACCAAGACUCGCGGCGGCGCAGCUGACUGGCCGGCCGUGGGCUCCCCCGGACCGACGGGUGGGCAGCUGUGGGUAUGGAGACGGAGGAAUGAGGCCAAGAUGGAGAGCUCAGUCGCGCGCCGGGCCCAUCACCGGCCGUCCAUUACAUCGGCCUACGGCGGCGAGUCCGCUUCCUGGGGGAAGCUUUGCUCAACGCAGGUGGCUUCCCCACCAGGCAGGAAAGUUCUUAGUUGAGGGAUUAUUAUUUGGCCAGGUCGGAUGCCCCACGAGCGACACUAGCAGGACGUUGCAGCGGUACUCGGCCCGGUCACGUUGUCAGGCUGCCGACGGACGGGCCAGACGGCACGGAUUACAAACACCUGCCAGAGGAUGGCACGCUGCAGACGAGCGGAGAGUUGUUGAGUUGGAGACGGGGACGUUCUCUAAGUCUCUGUCAAUGGGUAUGCUGUCAAAGUUUGCGCCCCACCGUGCAGUCAGGGGCCUUCACCUUAGUCAACUCGUACAGAGCGCGCCGGAAGAAGACGCGGCAACCACGCUGCCUCUCGAUGCUGAGUGUCCGUAUUCUGGCAAUGCGUCUCGGAGCAUUAAUGGUCUGGCGCGCGUCAGCGUCAUCUGA